AUUCGUUACGGGAACAGGAUCGUAAAUACUUCAGGUGCUAUUACGUACGAUAUCUAAUAUCGAACGAACCAAAAAUAUUUCUUCUCACGUUUCCCAUAAAAAUACAUACGUAAAAUAAUCGAUUAACUUUUUUUCCAAAUCGAUAUACAAGACAAAUAAUUAAAAGAGAUUAGAUAAUAAUGAAAGGGUAAUAAUGAAAAGGAGUAGGGCGACGCGAUUGCACAAGUACGGUACAUAAUUAGUUAAGGGCUACGCACGAGUGGCGGCGCAUAUGUCGAAUUCCUAAAUAAAAGAACAAGAGAGAAAGAGAGAGAUAGGGUGGGGACAGAGACAGAAAGAGAGAAAGAGAGAAGAAGAAUAAGAAGAAGAAGAAGAGAAAGAAAGAAAGAAAGGAAGAAAGAAAAAUAGAAAGAGAUAGAGAAAAAGCCACGAGGGCCUAUACCGGUGGACGUUUUUGGUAGAACGACGUAUCGCAAAUCUCGCAUUGUCGUUUCAAAAUCGUUCUAGUAAUCGUUGACGUUUACUAAUCGUUCCACGUCUUCUGGUGUUAAAAACAACAACAAACAAAUAAAAAUUAAAACAAAGGAAAGAAAUAGAGAGUGUAAAGGAGAGAUAAAUAAAAAGAAAAAGAUUCUAAGUGCGUGAAUGCGUACGUGCGUGUAUAAAUCGCGUCGGUCUGCUGUCUGUGGGCCGCGCUGGCUCCGAUCAUGUUCGACGAUCAGUACCAGCUGACUCGUUCGUCGGCACAGAACGUGUUUAGACGACGAUGCGUCGUCGUUCGUUUCAACGAUUCCAACGUCAAUAAUUUAAACAACGAUAACAAGGUGGGAAAAAAAAGAAGGGGAAGGAGAAGAAGAGAAAGAGAGGAAGAGGAAAAAGAUAAUCGUAAACGAAGUGAGGGGAAUUAAAUUUGAAAGAAAAAAAACGAUAGGAAAAUAGGAAUUUUUCUAUCUAACUAUUGUCCUACGACAUUUCGUUGUGCCGCCGCCACCGUCGUUGCUUCCUCCUCGUAACUUUGCUAACGCGCGCGCGCGCGUACACACACGCCCUCCCUGCUUUUCCCUCCACCCUUCGUUUCUCGCGCUCUCUCCCCCGUCAACCAGCCCUCCUACCAACCUUCCUUCCUUCCUUCCUUCCUUCCCCCACUCUCUCUCUCUCUCUCUCUCUUUCUUUCUAACACACGCUCUCUUUUCCGAUCGUACAAUGCAUACAGUGCAACGCGAACUACUUAAACGCGCUCUUCGUAACAGAGCCAUAGACAAAGUAUCCUAGUCACGAUCAUCAUAAUAUCGUGAAAUUCGUGUUUCUUUUGUUACGUUUAUAUGUGCGUAGAGAGGUGGUGUGUUUUGUUCCUUGUGCGUGGCGUAUUAAAUCUCUCACUUUAUUUCUUUUAUACAAGAAACAGAGAAAGAAAGAGAGAGAGAGAGAGGGAGAGAUAGGAUAGAUAAAGUUUAGUGCCGCUAUCGUUCCCUGUGUGAUAUGAAUAUGUGUGUAAUACGUUAUUAUACGCGUUGGCAUAUACACAUCUAACAUUGUGUAUUCCCUUAUUUCGCGUGUUGUGUUCGAUACACGACGCGUAUCCUCUCAGAAUAACCACGUGGGUUUUACGAUGCUACUACUGCUCGAAGCUAAUGCUGCAACGAAGAAGACUGGAAAUCAUUUUAUCAAGGAUAUUCAUCUUAAAACUUAUCCUACCUUCCUAAUGUUUUCAAAGAUGAUUACGACAACAACAACGACGACGACGAUGAUGACGACGACGAGAACGACGGCAACGGCAACAACGACCUCCGAGUUAGAGCAACGUAGUACUGCGACAAGGAUGGAGACAGAUGAAUAAAUCGUUAGGCAAGUGCGAUAAUGAGGUCAAAAAAGUACUUCAUCUUUAAUAAGAAGCUUCUUUAAAAAAAAGUACAUUCGAAUACGUGCGAACAAAAAUAGUGGAAUAAUAUCGAAUAAAUUGUUCAACGUUAGUAGUAUUGUUGUCGCGUUGUAUGUCCGGUGCCAAGAAGAGAAAGAGAAAGAGUGAGAGGAGGGGUACUUGAAAUUUAGAAAAAAAGGGUUGGAUGUUGCUUACGAGAUUUCUGCGGUCCUAUCGGAGUAGAUUUGCACCGGUAGAAGUUGUAGAUAGACACCUUCUAGCGAAAGAACGAUUAGUCGUCCACGACGAUAGGAGGAGGAGGAAGAAAAGAAGGAGGAGGAGGAGGAGGAAGAGAAGGAGGAGCAGCAGCAGCAACAGCAGCAGCACGUUCGAGAGGAGAGGAAGAAGAAGAAGAGAGCGCAAAAGCGAAGUUGAAAGUGUGUGUUAGGAGGGGAGAAGCAAGAAAACGGUGUUCACAAGAGAUAUAGAGAGAAUCGUGGAGCCAGCAGAAGCAAAAUAAGCACCAACGGCAGCAGCCUGGUGGUGUCCAUGAGACAAGAAGAUGAGAAGGAUGAAGCUGCUGCUCGUGCUACUCUGUGUCCUGGCGCCUCUGGCGAUUUGCCAGCAACAAAAGAGAACCUCCAAGCCGGUAGCUUUUAUAAAGUAUCCUGAAAACACAGCCAUGGGCACGUACGAGGAUGAUUUCGUCGAAAGGAUAAACAAAUUCGAUGAAUUGUCGGAAGAUUUAUCCAACUUGGCUGUUUAUAGGAAGACCAGGGCCAUCGAUGACAAUAGGUCGGUAGACGGCAUCGAUGGUUCGAACAAAAGCUAUCAACAACAUUCCUCGUAUUAUCCGAGAUCACGGACUAAAUCAAGCGAGGAGGUACGAGAGAAAACACGAAGAUUUAAGAAUGUCACUAUAGGCGAUGGUAUAUGCCAGAGCAUCGAUAUUAGGAACAACGUUCACAAUUUUGCGAUAUUGAAAGGUUGUCGCGUGAUCGAGGGCUUCCUACAGAUUGUUCUGAUCGAGAAUCAUACCGGAUCGGAUUUUGAAAACGUUAGCUUUCCGGACCUACGAGAGAUAACCGGGUAUCUUCUACUUUAUCGCGUUUACGGAUUGAAGAGCCUUGGAACUCUCUUUCCGAAUCUCGAGACCAUCAGAGGAGAUAUACUGCUUACGGAUUAUGCAUUUAUGGUGUACGAGAUGCAAAACCUGCAGGAGAUCGGCUUAACAAAACUAACGAAGAUUGCUAGAGGUGGGGUAAGGAUCGAGAAAAAUUCAGCCUUGUGUUACACCAAUACGUUAAAUUGGGACGUUAUAGUUACGGCUGGAGAUAAUUUUAUCAAGGACAAUAACAAUGAAAGUUCAUGCCCUGGUUGCUCUUCUCAGUGUCCUGGUGGUUAUUGUUGGACUGCGCAACAUUGUCAAAUAACUGAGAAACCAAAGUGUCAUCAUCAGUGUCUUGGAGAAUGCAAUGGCGAAACGGAUAGAGAUUGUUACGUUUGUAAACACUAUAGGCACGAAGGGAAAUGCGUUGAGAGCUGUCCAAGUCAUUUAUAUGCUUAUAUAUCAAGGAGAUGUAUUACUGAAUUAGCAUGUAUACAAAUGAAUAACUUGCGAAAAAUAUGGAGACUCGAAGAUGAACAAAAAUGGCGACCCUUUAACGGUUCUUGCAUCACCCAAUGUCCCGAGGGAUACGAGGAUCACGUUGAUGAAAAUAACGUUACCACCUGUCAAGUUUGCAAGGCACGAUGUCGUAAAAUAGGUCAUAGUGCUAUUAUAAGGCACAUCUCGGACGCUCAAAUAUUUCGAGGGACGACUGUAGUAGACGGAGCUUUGGAAUUCCAAAUAAGAAAUGGUAAUCCAAACAUCAUGCAAGAACUGACUGAAGCUUUUGGUUUGAUCGAAGAAAUCACGGAGUAUCUGAAAGUGACUCAUUCCUUUCCAAUCACAUCAUUGGCCUUCUUCAAAAAACUCCGAGUUAUCAAAGGUAAAAGAUUGGACAUAAACAAUGCGAGUUUAGUCAUAUUGGAUAAUCCAAAUCUUUCGAGUCUUUUUCCACCGUCGCAGAAGAUCGAUAUUGAAGAUGGUAGAUUGUUCUUUCAUUACAAUCCUAGACUUUGUAUGUACAAGAUCAUAGAAUUCAGUAAAAUGGUAAGGAUAACAGACUUUAGCGAUCUCGAGGUGCAACCAGAUUCCAAUGGAGAAAAGGUAGCUUGUAAUGUAGUUAACAUAAAUAUCACAGUUAAAAAAAAAGGCCCGAAUUAUAUCGAUUUGAUUUGGGAUAGUUAUCAGCCACCUAGAGGACAACAAUUGUUGAGUUAUAUUUUGAGUUACAUGGAAACCGAAAACGAAAACAUCACUUACGAAGGAAAUUCUUGUAGUAAUAAUACUUGGCAAAUGCUUGACGUAGACAUACCCAAUGGAAAUUCUUUACUUCAGGAGAAAGUAACCAAACAUAUUUCGGGUUUGAAGCCGUACACGAAAUAUGCCGUUUAUGUAAAGACUUUUUCUAUGAGAAACGAAAGCUUUUUACUUUCGUCUAGUAGUCCCGUAGGUCAGUCGAAGAUAAUAUUUUUCAGAACGAGUAGUGACAUACCUUCUAUGCCUACCGACGUUGUUUCUACCGCGUUGAGCGAUACCGAGAUUCUGGUCAAAUGGAAUCCACCGGAGUAUCCAAAUGGUCCUAUCGGUUACUACAUUAUAUCCGCUUCGUUAAAACGAGACGACGCGGAAUUUCUUUCAUCCAGAGAUUACUGCAAAUACGGCUUGAUAAAUGAACCCGAAGUAGAAGACAUACAAGAAGUUACUAAAAUACCUUUACAACCAAUCGUUGCUCCAACCUCUUGCUGUUUCAAAGACGAAUUUACUAGAUUGUCAACUUCAAAAAAGUUUCAGAUGCUAUUGUGUAAUGAAAAUUUCGGGAUAAGUACUUUAACUGCUGGCUGGAAAGGUUCUUGCGUUUUCAACCGAUACAAUUCAGUUAACGAUUUCAAAUACAAAUCGGAAAAUACCGUGAAUGUUAUCAACAAUGAAUUAAUUUAUAAUGUAAGUGCUGAGAAUAAUUCAUUUCGUUUGAAGUAUCUACAACAUUUUUCUUUGUAUACCAUAUCGGUUGCUGCUUGCGGAGUCAAACAUCGAGACGACGAGCAAAUGUGUUCGUCCGUGGAAUACACGAACAUUCGAACGAAAAAACGGGAGACGGCCGAUAAUGUUAGCAAUGUCAAAACUAAAAUAACCAACAGCUCAAUAGUCGAGGUUUCUUGGGAUACCGUUAGAAAACCUAAUGCACUCACUGUAAGUUAUACGAUAGAAUAUACGAAUUUGGAUGUCAAAGAUGCAAAGAAAAGUACCGAGUGUAUACCAUACGUUGGACGUUACGAGAAUCAUAAAACUCAUCAGAUUAAGAAUUUAAGUCCCGGUAAUUACGGUCUACGAAUACGCUCGACAUCAUUAGCUGGCAGUGGUAAUUUUUCCGAGAUGGUUUAUUUUUCCAUUAAAUUCAGUGAUGAUAAAUCAGUAGUCGUGAUACCUGUGGUGAUCUUUGGCUUCUUCAGCGUGUUUCUUGUAAUUGGAUGUGUUUACUUGAGAUAUCGUCGAAAGAAGAAUACGCAAGCAAGAUUGAUAGCCUGUGUAAAUCCUGAUUACAUAGAAACCAAAUAUAUCCUUGACAGUUGGGAGGUACCUAGAGAAAGCGUCAAGAUCUUGGAAGAACUUGGUAAUGGUAAUUUCGGUAUGGUAUGUCGUGGUCUUUUGGGAAACGAGGAGGUAGCGAUCAAGACGAUCUCUGCGGCAUGCAGCGAGCGUGAGAAGAACGAGUUCUUAAAUGAGGCCUCGGUGAUGAAGAAUUUCUCUACCUUUCACGUAAUCAAAUUAUUAGGAGUCGUUAGCUUAGGUUCUCCGCCGUAUGUCAUAAUGGAACUCAUGGAGAACGGAGACUUGAAGACUUAUUUGCGUCGUAUACGAGACACCGAUUUAAUUCCAGAUACCUCGAGAAUAAUAAGAAUGGCGGCUGAGAUAGCGGACGGGAUGUCUUUUUUGGAAUCGAAGAAGUUCGUUCAUCGUGACUUGGCUGCUAGAAAUUGUAUGAUCUCGAAGGAUCUGGUUUGUAAGAUUGGAGAUUUUGGAAUGGCCAGGGACGUCUACGAGACCGAUUAUUAUAAAAUCGGAAAGAAGGGUCUUUUGCCGAUAAGAUGGAUGGCACCUGAGAAUCUUUCGGAUGGCGUUUUCACAUCCGAUUCGGACGUUUGGUCAUUCGGUGUUGUACUAUACGAGAUACUAUCUCUCGCUGAGAUACCCUAUCAAGGAUUUUCCAACGAUGAAGUAUUAAAUUACGUUCUGCACAAAGGUGUUCUUAGUGUACCGAAAAACUGUCCGAUUAAUAUACAAAAAAUAAUGGAAAAGUGUUUCAAAUGGCGGCCAAGCGAUCGUCCAACCUUCAUGGAAAUCGUUGGAGAAUUGGAACCAUUUUUGGCUCAGGACUUUUGUGAAAAAUCCUUUUAUCAUUCGAGCGAGGGUAUACAUAUGCGUAAUCUUGGGAUAAAGAAGGCCUUCCAUCAAGCUGCACCAAUACGUUUUCAUUGGGGUAACGAGACUGCUAGAUGGGUUCGAGAAUUCGAGGACAAUGUGACGCUUCUUGAUCAGACUAGGGCUAGCACCAGUCGUGGUCGAAUAUUCAGGAGCGGUUUUCAACAGGUCGGUAAUGUUCCACCUUUGGAGGAAGUUCCUCUAAAUCGAUAAAGUUUUUCUCUCGUUUUUUCAAACUCGCGUCUAUAUAUAUAUAAUAUUAAUAAUGUCUUAUUGUUGCCGUGUUUGGUCUCGCGCGUGCAUGAAUAUGAAUAUGAAAGAACAACAAAAAAGAAAAAAAAGAAAUAAGAAGAAAAAUGGUUAAUGAUUACGUACAAACAUACACUCAGGGCAAUAUAAUGGGACGAAUAAUUGGAAGAGGAAAAGAAAGGUAAAUAAUAUUAUAUAUAUAUACAUAUAUAUAUAUGUAUAUAUAUUGAAAACGGGAAUUACGGAAUCGUAAUUUUGAAGAUUAUUUACGUUCUCUUCCUCGGCGGGACCAGACGCGAUCCUCUUCUAAUAUCGUCGCGAAACGAAGAAAGACUUAAAUAGGACUAUUAGUUUAGAUAACAUACCUACAGGUUAAUAACGCAUAUCGCCUAUUCUUUCUUCUAUGGAAGUCACGGUUCAUGGACCUGCAAAUAUAUGUAUUUAGAAUCAAUCCACUUUUUAAUGUAAUUCAUUUUCUUUUUCUGUUUUGUUUUUUCUUUUUUUUCUCCUUUUUUUUUUGUCUGUUUUUUUUUCUUUUCUUUUUUUUUCUCUUAUGCGCAACCAAAUGCUCGACAAGCCUUUUUUAAUCAUUCAUUCCUAGAAAGAAAGAAAGAAAGAAAGAUUAGUUUUAGCGAGUUUCUAGAACUUGAUGAAAGAGUAUUUUAGUCGAAGUAUCAUUGUCUUACCACAGAGUUCCUUCUCGCAUACAUACCCUUAUACACGGACAUGCAUUAAUUCAUAGUUUUCAGAUUCUAUAUAUAAUAUAUAUGUAUAUAUUAUUACAUAAAUACAUACAUAGUAGCCACAUUAUAAAACUGAAUGCACUAAAAAUAAGCAAUCGAUGCAAAUCAAUAGAUCAUUUAGUCUGAAUUAGAAAAUCCAUUAACAAGAAGUAUAUAAACACACAUAUUCACGGUGGCCCAUAAGUAAAUUGACAGAAAUAAAUUAUAUAUUAUUAUUAAUAAAUUGCGAAAUUUUAUUUGUAAACGUCAAAAGGACAUACAGGUAAGAAUUUAAUAAAGAAUUCUGUAUGCCCAUGAUUAUUUUAAUGUUGACAUUGAAAAAUAAAAUAUAGGCCUAUAUAUUUCUGGGAUAAUUUACCAAUUGAUUUAUGGGUUAGCCUGCGUAUUAGUACACACACAUACAUACAUAUUCAUUGCAAUAAAUAUGCUCGUGAUUGUUGCAAUAAUCAUAUUAGAUAUCAUAGAACCGAAUGAUAGUUCGAAUUGUAGUGAAAAAUUAAAGGAUUUGAAAAUGCAUCCAUGAAAUAGUGUUAAUACGCAUGGAAAAGAAAAAUUUAUCAUCGUUAAUUAAUAAACUCGCGUCGUAUUAGACGAUAAUCAAAUCUCUAAUUUAUAAUAAUUAAGUAUACACAUAUAUUUAUGAUGAAUUUAAAUAACUCGAAUGAAUGAGAAGAAGAAAAAAGAUAAUAGAUGAUCUAAUCAAAAUCGUUGCACGCGAAUAGUAUUCCAUGUAGAACUUUUAUAUAUCGUUUCUACGUAUUUUUUUACAUCACCGUAUCGAUGGUUCACAGCAAUACACGAUUAGAGAAAAAAAUAGAGAGAGAGAGAGAGAAAUAAAAAUAGUGUGUUACGUGAUGAGUAUAUUUGUAUGUAUGAGAUAGAUAAAAAGAGAGAGAGAGAGAGAGUGAAAGAAUAUAACAUACGAAAGUAAAUAGUUAACAGUUUCGCACGAAUCAACCAAAUCGACAUUUCCAUCAAGCAAUACAUCAGAGCAAUUUCAUUUUUUAAUUUUAAAUCGCUAAUAGCAAUAUCGAUAGUUCGAUAAGAGUUUAGAAUCGCGAUCGCUAAAGGAAAAUACGAAAAAGGAAAAAAAGAAAAAAAAGAAAAGAAAAAAAUAUCUAUAUAAAUAUUUAUAUAUAUAUA